GGAAAUCGCUAAGGGUCGACCUAGAGGUUGUGGAUUUGACCAGAGACUUAGUGUUACAUAAAUAGCAACGUGGCUUACUACUGCUAUGGAAUAUUUGUAACAGACUUUCGUUGGAUAAAUUCCAAAGUCCAAGCAAAUAUGGAACAGUCGUCUGGGACACCGAACCUCAUCGUUAACGAAACUUUAAACACUGAUAUGAUCAACAACGAACAAAAACAUGGACAUAACAGUAUCCAACCAAAGGAUAUUCAUAUAUCAACUACUUCAGUAUCUGCACAUCAUCGUCGCAAGCGGUCGCAUAUAUCAUCAUUAUCGGGGCCUGUGCAUGCAGUUAAUCAUAUAGAAGCACCUACAUAUGGAGAAUAUGGAUACCCAUCGUUAAAAGAUCAUGUUGACAUUGUAGAGUCGACAGACGAGGAAAAUGUACUUCUUAGUUGCAAUCCUGAACAUUUUUUACGUAGUGAUUCAACUCUUAGUGAAAAAUCCGUAGAUUCGCUAAAGCUUGCUAAACUCGAUCCGGAAUUUCGUGACUUGAUCUCACGUUAUGUCUGCUCGGAAUAUGUAGUUCAUUGUCUUGAACUGGCAGGCUUUUGUACACCCUAUGUUGUCGCCCGACUAGAUGAUCAUCAGUUACAGAGGCUCGAGACGUUUGUUGGACAUGCUUGUUCGAUUAUGAAGUCAAUUACCUUACGAGAGCAUUUCGUAGGGCCUAUUUUUGCAAAUGAUCCAUUAAAGUUUAAACUGCCCUCAGGUGCUGCUUGUGGAAUUCUUUUGGCUGCACACGAAAUUCGUCGGAGGUAUCGUCGAUCUCAAUUAUCGAUAGAGGGUCAAAAUUCUAUUGAUGAGGAUAUCAUAAUUGUCCCAGACUCAUGUGAUCAGAGCUUCAGUGAUAUAGGUUGUCAAACAGAUUCGUCAUUGUCUCACUUAAUUUCUUCAGCAUCUUCGCCGCCUGUUACCUUGGCUGACCCAUUACCAAGCAACUUUGUGGAAAAUUCGGAUUCAACAUCUCCAACAUCUGUGGUAAAUUUGACGUCGAAAACUCACCUUUCAGAUUCCCCGAAUCCCUCACGCAGGUCAGAACCAAGCGUUCCACCUUCUGACGGACCAGCAGUGAUCAUGGCUGCUGCUCUCCAAGCUGCCGCAGCUGCUGUCAGUGGAAAUGGAUACAAUAAUAUCACUUUGUUUUCCAAUUCUUUACCCGAUGAAAACAGUUUAACGACACUCUCUGGUUUAAGUAGCUGUAACUCUGGUGAUACUAAUCCUGUGCUUCAUCCAGGAACUAGCAUCUCUCCUGUUUCAUCACGUAAUACGAUUCCAGUGUCAAACAUGCCUCCUGUCGCCAUCACAUCAAAUGCUAUACCAUCUCAUUCUCAAUUUUUGAUCAGUUCCUCUCCAGUCGGAUACGGAAAUGGAUUAUUUGAGAAUGAUGGAGUCAACUUGGAGCGCUUGAAACAGCAUUCUUCAGCUAGUGCAAUCAGGUUAGCAUCACGACAGUUUGUUAACGCUUACCUUAUGCGUGGUCGAGAUUUUGAUAUGGAAAUGGAAUUGUCAGUGACACCUGAGGGUUUUAAACGUGUUACUGGUAUAUUCUAUUGUCAUCUCUGCAGAGAGAAACGUGAGCGCACAUCAGCUGUACGCUUUUCCAUAGCCCGCAACAGGUAUCCAGUUUUGAGUAAUGUACUAUCGCACUUAAAAACACAUUUUCAUUAUCGGGGUCAAACGUUAUCAGGAUUGCAGGCUGCGGUCACCCAACAAACUCAGAACUUACUCAAGUCGGCUAAUGCGCUUAAUGAGUCUUUUAUUGGAGAAGGUUUAGGUCAGUCUCCAGGGCCGUUCAACAAUUCGAGCUGUCGCACUGAUUUAACUGUAGAACAUACAACUAAUUCAUCUAAUACAUCGCUUCUGCCCACAUCUAUUUCUCUUAACCAAUUUCAGUUACAAAUGAAACCUGAACCAGGAAACUACACAUAUACUAUUGAGGCUGAGGGCAUUGAAGACUCUAGUUCUGUGCAUCAGAUUUUCGACAGUUUAUCUCCGCCAAAUAGAUUAAGCUCACCGAAUACCAAAGGUUCGUCUCCCACUCGAGGUUUGGAACUCAAAGUCGUCAUCCCAUCGCGACCAAAUACAGAUAGCCAAUGUAAUACGCUAACUUCGUGAUGUACAUCUUAUAACUUUCCCCCACAAAUAUAUGAUUCUCAUGUUAUGAAUACUGACAUGCCUGUCCCAAAUAUUUUUUUCAAGCAUUAACACUUCGAACAUGUACACAGUGUUUAUUUAGCAUUUCUAUCCAUUCCAUAGAGGGAAAUGUGUGUAAAUACCAAUAGUUUAUUAUCAUCGAUAUUCAGAUAAUAGCGUGUAUAAUUUGUAUAUAAAUCCUUUUAUUGAGUACUCAAUCUUCCUUUAUUUUUACAGUUUAGAAGUAUUUUUCAUCUUAGAAUAAAAUGAAUAGACAAACAGUUGGAAAUCGCAAAAUAGAAGAAAUCCAGGACUCAUCAGAAGUGCACAGUGAUGACUUUAUACGGGAUCGAAAUUCUGAGGUCCCGGGCAUUGCAACACAAUGUUCAAUUAUUGAGGAUUAGUAAAUCUCUUCUCAUUUAGUCAUAGUCAUUUACUGGUGAGUUUGUAACAGUUCUAUAUUCAGUGUUAAGUUGUUUGAUGAUAAAGCUUCUCAUAGGUAUUUUAGGGACAUUCUCAGUGGGGUGGUAUAAUAUUCGAUCACUUGUGGAAGGAAGAAUAUUAGGGUCUGAGGACCCUAAGUUCUUGCUCUAAGUAUUACAAGACUAAUUAGGAGUAUUGACGUUGUUAUUUGUUUAAAAAUUAGUGUAGUUUAACGCUUCUAGUUAGGGCUUAAAUAAAACCAAAUAUGAAAAAAGACUACGCUUGUAAAUCUUUCCUGUAAAAUGUUUGUAUGAACACCGGUGCUGCGUGAUUUUUCGAAUGAGAUAUUGUGCAGCAAAAAGGCAACGUUGCAUUCAACUAUUGUCUCACUCACUAACUUUGUUUCAAACAUUAGGAAAGCUAAUUGGAACACUUAUUAAGUUAUUUUGACAUACAAUUGAUCACCAUCCACCUAUUUGUCCCACACACUUUCAGGUAUUUAUUAAAUUUGAAAUCCAUUUUAUAAGUUACUCCAAACGUAAUCGAAAUUAGGAAGUGGAUUACACUUCGUUCCGAUAAUGAGUUCGAUUAUUUUUCCAAAUUAAAUACUCUAAAGAUGCAGAUUAUUGUUUGUGACAAUUAACAUUCACUGGUUACUACAACUAAAGAGCGUUGAUUACUGAAAUCGAUAACCGAUUUUCCAUGAAACAAUUUUUCACCGUACAGACAACUUUUAGUCCAUUUUUAUCGCACUUGAUCAGAUUAGAGUUGUGUCCAACUUAUGAUCAUGAUAUUUUAGGGAUUUUUUUUAGCCAUACUGUAUUACCCUAAAAUGUUCUCAUUAGCAUAGCUAUUGUUUGAUAGGUUUAACUUAUUCCUUAUCAUAAGGCGAUGGUUUAGCUCACUAUGUUAUUCUUAUGAAAGCCGCCACAUUUCAUGCAAAUGAAAUAUACAAGGCAACAGAGUUUUCAUAAAAAGCUUUUAUCUUAUGAAAUACGGAGUUCUGUGAUAUUUCGCAAGACAUGAAUACUUAUAUAAAUGAGCAAACUCAAUACCAACAAAGUUAAAUUCGAUUCCAUAUAAGGUUUGUUGGGAUGUCUAACGCUGCUGAACAACUCACAAGCACAAUAUGAAUCAUAAUACUAACCAAUUAGUAAAUGUAUACACUAAGCAUGUUCUAAUUUAUAAGUCGCUAACUAGUAGAUAUGAUCCCUAGUCUAUCUUUGUUUGUGUAAUGUAACGUAGUCUGUUAUAUUUGAGCGAUGAAAUAAAGCAUUGUUCAGCUAACCAGUCAAUUUUUUAUACAUUUUCAUUUGUGAACUUAAAAAGUGUGAAAAACAACAAAUUAAACAAUGUAAUAGUAAUGUGGUGAAAUGUAUGGAGUGUAAUGAAUUCAAUUUAGUGGAUUAUUACCUGGGUUUAAUGAGAAAUGGAGACAAUUAAAAAAGACUAUGCAACCGAUUAAGGAUAAUU